GAGUUGGCCCCGGCCUUGCAGUUAGCUGAUUUUCUCUCCCUAGCGUUGGGAACCUGAGCCUCACACCGGGGCCGCCUUAAGAUAGGGAUCCGGGGGCCCCUCUGUGGGCUCCCUUCAGACUUUAUCAGUGGAGUUUUAUUUUUUUUUACUUCGUAUUUUAUUUUCGUUUAUAAGAGAGAAAGAUAUCCCCUUCCAAAGAGAGGGAACGCUCAUGGAAGUUUGUGACUUUCUAAGAAGUGAAUAAUUCCAAGCUUGCCUGAUUCUACCCAGUCUGGACCUCCUUAUCCUGUUUAUGGGAAACCCAGAUGACCUGCCUCCUUACUCCUGGGUCAGAAGCCUCUUUGGAGUCUGUGUAAUUGGCAUUGGAAAUCAGGGAGAAAUUGCUGGAACCUCUCACACCAGUGGCUGCUGAAGUAGAAGAUUCGGGGGGGGAACCUCUCUUUAGGGGGCACAGGCCACACCUGAGGGAUUUCCAAGAUGACCAAAAUACCAGCCACCAAGAAGGUGCAAAGCGUCCCCAACGCAGGGGCCCUCUGGCCCUUUUAUGCCUCAGAACAUCUAACACAGAACAUGGUCCUACUGCAAACUGACUUGAAAGGAAGCCAGACUCUAUUGUUCCUUGCUUGCCUGUGAAGGAUGAUAGCCACUUCUGGCACCUAAAGGACCCGAAUUUAAUCCAAGGUCCCAGACAAGCCGAUGAAGAGCAUCAAGUACAUGGACAAGGAAAUCAUAAACCUCAAAAAAGACCUUGCACGAAGCCGCAUGUUGAUUCGGUCGGUGAAGACAGGCCGCGGCUACUUUAGCAUGUUGCAGGAGGAGAGUGCCUUGAAAAAGAAGCAACAGUACCUUCAGAAACUGAAAGAGGAAGAAAGACAUAAAUUCCAGCCAGCUGAAAAGAUCUCAGAAGUCCACUAUGGUGAUAUUCUUUUGACUACAUACGACCAAGCCAAGGUUAGGAAGAUGGGCGCUGGAGUCGUACUUCGCCCAUUCACCCCCGUGCACAGCUGCAUCAUCUCGUCCUCGCUACCCGAGGCUCACGUGGAGCCCCUCUUCCGCCAGCUCUGUGCCCUCCACUGGCUCCUGGAGGCCCUGACUAUCGACCACGCCCACCACACUAUGAAGCCUGUGAUCACCUGCUGGAAUCCAAAGGACCCGGGUGGAAGCAAGAGCACAAUAAAAAAAAUCAAUAAGGACAAGUCCAUGGGACAGAGGUGGGAGCACUUCGUGACAGCGCCUAAGACCAAGAAAUUCAAAAUUCCUAUACUGCGUGUCACCAACCGCAAGCCAAGCCGGCGAGGCUCCACCCUCAGUCUGUCUCGGACCAGUUGGGGAUCAUCCCCCCAGAGCAGUAUGAUGUCCAUGAACCCCGGCUCAGACGAGCCCCAGAGUGUGAUCACCCAGGCAACAGGCAGCAAGGACAUUGAGGACAAUGAAUCCUCUUCGACCAAGCCUGACGAAGAACCUCUCCAUAUCAAUCUGCAGAAGCUCCUGGAGAUGGUUCGGGAAGAUGCCCGGAGGACAGUCAUAAUGGAAAAUGGGAUGCACAAAAAAGCGCCCAGUAUCUUGUCAAUGCUCAAACAAACCAAGAGUGAUUCUGCCUAUAAAGACAUGCAGACCACCCGCAAAUCAAGUGAAAGAUCUAGCAGUACAAGUGGAGAAAGCCACACUCUGCUCAUCCAGAAGAAGUCUAAAAGCCGUACCAACCGGGACAUUAUCCAGUGCAAGAGUGGCGUGUGCAACACCAUGAGGGCAAAGUUUUACAGCGUGGCCCAGGAAGCUGGUUUCUGUCUUCAGGACAAGAUGGAAAUCCUCAUGAAGCGCCAAGAAGAGAGAGGUCUCCAGAAGUUCCAUUCUUUUGUCUUUGUCUCCGAUUUUAAAAAGGAUAUAGCAAAAAUGAGGCAUCAAGUCUCCCUGAUAAAAGGAGAUGCAGAAGAAACUGCAGACCACUGGUACUUUGAUCUGCUGUCCAAACUCCCCAAAGAUCUGAAGAAUUUCCGCCCUGCCAAAAAGAUCCUGGCGAAACUACAGAAGUUUGGGGAAAACCUAGACCUCAGGAUCAGGCCCCAUGUCCUCCUGAAAGUGCUACAAGACCUGAGAAUCUGGGAACUGUGCUCUCCGGACAUCGCUGUGGCUAUCGAGUUUAUACGUGAACACAUCAUCCAUAUGUCUCAAGAGGAUUAUAUCAACUGGCUGCAGACCCGGAUCAAUAUCCCCAUCCGAUCCCACAGUCUCCGGACAUAGACUGGGCCUGGGUCAACCAGCUGUCCCAGUGGAGGAGGACUAGACUACACAGUAUCCUUGCUUCCUAUCCGGGUUCUUCCUUCCUAUCUACUCUCAUGGAUACCCACUAGAAUAUAUGAGACUGACUUCCGGCAACAUUCUAGAGGGAGAUACUCCCAGGUGGAAACUCCUCUGAACCUCACACCCCACCUCAAACUCCCAGUGUCUGUUCCUCAUUGGUCCAGUCUGACUCUACCCACUCCCUCUCCAGAUUCCUUUACCUUACUCCUCUUCCUCAAAUUCUGGCUAAUAAAAUGGAGCUGAAUA